AUGGCGGAAAUUGCUCGUCUGUUUCGCAAUAAUCUCUUGAUAGGUGGCACUUCCAAACCCGGUCCUGAUGCCAGCCCAGGCUCAACUCCGGUCCAGAGCUCAGCUCCGGCCAGCAAGCGUCGCAGUCGCAGCCGGAUACGCAAGGCGGCACCAGACGCACCUUUCCUAUCCAGCGGAGAGUCCGAAGCCAAUCUGGAUCAUCCAAUAACGCGUCCACGUCGUGCCACCAAAUCGCGUCCGCGUAGUGCCAGCCUUGGCGCCUCUUUGGGUCGCCGUCGUGGCAAAUCGAAAAAGGAAGGACGCAUGACUGAUCCGGUGGCCCUGUAUCAGUACUACCAGAACGAGUGGGAUCACUUUCGCAAACAGAUACCCGGCAGAGGUGCCCAAAAGAAUUCCCGCUGCGGUGUACGCCACUACUAG